UAAACAAAGGAGUCCCUGGGACUUUAACUCUGUGUGACAUCGCUCAGCCUCAUUGUACAACAGAGGAAACAUGUGCAAAUGGUUUUCCAAAGCUGGACGAGGAGGUGGACUAGCCUCCCCCCCAAAAAAGAAAACCCCACAUGGAGAAAGGAAGGAAGGAAAGGAUUUGCUACAGCUUCUCAUUUAGAAGGGCAGAACUUGUCAGAAGACUAAAGGGUUCCUUCCGAUCUCUCAAAGGCUUCCUGAGAGCACAGAUGGAUGAGCAAGAUUCAGCUGGCCCUGAGGCAGGAAGCAGCUGUGCCAGCCAAACUGGGAGCAGUGGGGGAUUCUGGGAAAACCCAGUGCAGAAGAUCCUGGGUGAGGAGGACACCCUCCGCUCAGAGGUGCAGAGCCAGCAGUUGAGGCAGUUCUGCUGCCAGGAGGCCAAAGGACCCCGAGAGGUUGGCAGCCGACUCUACCACUUUUGCCACCAAUGGCUGAAGCCAGAAAGGCACACGAAAGCUGAGAUGCUGGACCUGGUGAUCUUGGAGCAGUUCCUGGCUGUCCUUCCCCCGGAGAUGGAGAGCUGGGUGAGGGAAUGCGGAGCGGAGACCAGUUCCCAGGCGGUGGCCCUGGCCGAAGGUUUCCUCCUGAGUCAGGCAGAGGAGAGAAAGCAGGGAAAGGAUCUGUUUGCAGAAAUGGACCUGGAUUCCUGUGAGGCAGAGAGGUCUCCGUUGGACACCAGAGAGAGGCCACUGGGUGGCAGAAGGAUGCCAGCAAGACCUCCUGAUCUGUCUUUUCAUGGGGGCAGAAGGGAAGCAGCGGCUGUGGAACCAGAUCAGGGUCCAGUGUGCUUUGAAGAUGUUGCUGUUCGUUUUACGGACGAGGAGUGGGCGUUGCUGGAUCCUGACCAGAGAGCUCUGCAUAAGGACGUCAUGGAGGAGAAUCGUGGGAUCGUGGCCUCUCUUGAUUCUGAUGAAUUGGAAAUAGAGAACAAAGGUGACCGUGAAAAAAUCCCCAGAGAGGAGAAGCCACGUAAAAAUGUGGAGUGUGGAGAAAGCUGCAGUGAGAGCUCCCAUUACACUUACCAUCAACAAAAUCUUAUUGGAAAUAAACUCUAUGAAUGCAUGGAAUGUGGAAAAAGCUUCAGUCACAGCCAGAAUCUUGCUUCCCAUCAAAGAAUUCAUACAGGGGAGAAACCCUAUCAGUGUGUGGAAUGUGGAAAGAGCUUCACUGAUAGCUCCUCCCUCACCUCCCAUCAAAGGAUUCAUACAGGGAAGAAACCCUAUCAGUGUGUGGUAUGUGGAAAGAGCUUCAGUCAGAGCUCCCAUCUCACUUCCCAUCAAAGAAUUCAUACAGGGGAGAAACCCUAUCAGUGUGUGGAAUGUGGAAAGAGCUUCACUGAUAGCUCCUCUCUCACCUCCCAUCAAAGGAUUCAUACAGGGGAGAAACCUUAUCAGUGCAUGAAAUGUGGAAAGAGCUUCAGUCACAGCCACAAUCUCACUUCCCAUCAAAGAAUUCAUACAGGUGAGAAACCCUAUCAGUGUGUGGAAUGUGGAAAGAGCUUCAAUCAGAGCUCCGCUCUCACUUCCCAUAAAAGAAUUCAUACAGGGGAGAAACCUUAUCAGUGUGUGGAAUGUGGAAAGAGCUUCAGUCACAGCCACCAUCUCACUUCCCAUCAAAGAAUUCAUACAGUGGCCAAACCCUAUCAGUGUGUGGAAUGUGGAAAGAGCUUCAGUCAGAGCUCCCAUCUCAGUUCCCAUCAAAGAAUUCAUACAGUGGGGAAACCCUAUCAGUGUGUGGAAUGUGGAAAGAGCUUCACUGAUAGCUCCUUUCUCACUUCCCAUCAAAGAAUUCAUAUAGGGGCAAAACCCUAUCAGUGUGUGGAAUGUGGAAAGAGCUUCAGAAACAGCCGCAAUCUCACUUCCCAUCAAAGAAUUCAUACAGGGGAGAAACCCUAUCAGUGUGUAGAAUGUGGAAAGAGCUUCAUUCAGAGCUCCUCUCUCACUUCCCAUCAAAGAAUUCAUACAGGGGAGAAACCCUAUCAGUGUGUGGAAUGUGGAAAGAGCUUCACUGAUAGCUCCUCUCUCACUUCCCAUCAAAGAAUUCAUACAGGGGCAAAACCUUAUCAGUGUGUGGAAUGUGGAAAGAGCUUCCGUCAGAGCUCCCAUCUCACUUCCCAUCAAAGAAUUCAUACAGGGGAGAAACCCUAUCAGUGUGUGGAAUGUGGAAAGAGCUUCAGUCAGACCUUCUCUCUCACUUCCCAUCAAAAAAUUCAUACAGGCUUGAAACCCUAUCAGUGUGUGGAAUGUGGAAAGAGCUUCACUCAUACCUCCUCUCUCACUACCCAUCAAAGGAUUCAUACAGGGGAGAAACCUUAUCAGUGUGUGGAAUGUGGAAAGAGCUUCAGUCAGAGCUCCCAUCUCACUACCCAUCAAAGAAUUCACACAGGGGAGACACCUUAUCAGUGUGUGGAAUGUUGAAAGAGCUUCAGUAACAGCCGGAAUCUCACUUCCCAUCAAAGAAUCCAUACAAAGGUGGGAAAAACCAUUAUACAGCUUUAGAAUCCAGGCUUUGGCUAAUUGACGUGUAUGAAGAUCAAAGUGUUAUGGGCCUUAAUUUAUGAUGAGUUAAAAAAAGUGUUUGGAAUAACCUUUCUAAAAAGACCAGAGGGAUUUCUGUUAAGUAUUGUUGGCAGGGACAUCCCAAAUGCCUUUAGAGAGGUAUUCUUAUAUGCAACGGCCGCAGCUCGGACUUUGGUGGGAAAGGGGUGGAAGGAAGAAGAAGUCCCGACAGUAAUGGACUGGCAUAACAAGCUACAAGAAUUUGCUGAAAUGGUGCAGUUGACAAAUAGCCUGAGAGGCAAUUCAAAACAAAAAAUUAUUUAAAAGUGGGAUAGAUAUAUGUUCAAAAAUACAGUAAUGGUUCGCUAUCUAUGCUAGCAUUCAAUUGACGUUGGAAAGAGACUGAGUUGAGAAAUAAGACCAAGGGUACAUAUUGAUAUAGGAAUGUAUUAGAAAAAAAUGUAAAGAAAUAUACAAUAAUAAGAAUACAUUCAUUUGUGAAAAAGGAAUAUACAACGGGAUAGACAGGAAGUCCAAAGUGUUGGUACAUAUAUGAUUUUGGAAUAAUUUUUUGUCCUUGUUUUUUUUUCUUUUAGCAUGUCAACUUUGUAUACAUGUUGAAAAUUAUAGUAAAAUAAGCCUUGUGAUGUAACAUGAUCAUGUUUACCGAUGUAACAUAAGAACAUUAAUAAAUAAUUAAAAAAAAUACAUCUAAUGCCCUUUUAACAUGUGAUGUUUUGUGUUUUUAUGUGGUGUUUUUAUGUUGUAACCAUCCUGAGACCUGUGGGUGUAGGGAAUAGGCGCCAACCCUUAAAGGCCUAGGGGUCUUUGACCCAUCCCCCAAUAAAAUAUUUGAGGAUGCCA